AUGAAGGCCGCAGCAUUUGCAGCUGCCCUCGUGGCAUCCGUCACUGCGACACCCUCCGCUGUCCAGAAGCGCGCCAUCACACCGGUGACUGUCAAGGGAAAUGCAUUCUUUGCUGGCAAGGAACGCUUCUACAUUCGUGGUGUUGAUUACCAGCCUGGCGGCGCUUCUGACGCCAAAGAUCCCAUUGCUGAUGUGGAUGGCUGCAAGCGUGACAUUGAAAAGUUCAAGGACCUUGGUAUCAACACGGUCCGCAUCUACACGGUCGACAACUCGGCCAACCACGACGAGUGCAUGAACGCUCUGGCUGACGCGGGCAUCUACCUCGCUCUCGACUUGAACACCCCCAAGUAUUCAAUUAAUCGUGCCGACCCCCAAAUGUCGUACAACAAGGUCUAUCUGCAGAGCGUUUUCGCUACCGUCGAAAUGUUUGCCAAGUACGACAACACCCUCCUCUUCUUCUCCGCCAACGAGGUUAUCAACGACGACAAGACGACCAACUGCGCUCCCUACGUCAAGGCUGUCACUCGUGACAUCAAGUCUUACAUGAACGCCCGUGGCCUCCGAAAGAUUCCUGUUGGUUACUCUGCCGCUGAUGUCGAGUCGAACCGCUACGAAAUGGCCGCCUACAUGAACUGCGGUCCUGAUGCGGCUCGCAGCGACUUCUUCGGUUUCAACGACUAUUCGUGGUGCGACCCUUCGUCCUACACCACCUCUGGUUGGGACCAAAAGGUGGAAAAGUUCAAGAACUACAGCAUCCCCAUUUUCCUGUCCGAGUAUGGCUGCAACAAGAACGAGCGCAAGUUUGAAGAGGUCAAGAGCUUGUACAGCACCGACAUGACUGGCGUCUACUCUGGCGGUCUCGUCUAUGAAUACUCCCAGGAAGACUCCAACUACGGUCUCGUCGAGAUCAAAGGCAACUCGGUCACGGAGCGCAGCGACUACAAGGCCCUCAAGUCUGCUUUCGCAGGGACCAAGAACCCCAGCGGCGACGGGGGCUACAAGUCUGACGGUGGUCCCUCGGAGUGCCCUCCCCAGUCCAAGACGUGGGAAGUGACCAUGAAGCCUGACCAGCUCCCCGCCCUUCCCGAAGGUGCCAAGGAACUAUUCAACAAGGGUGCUGGUGACGGUCCUGGCCUCUCUGGCUCUGGCUCCCAGACUGCUGGAUCCUCGUCCACUGAUCUUGCCGGUGCUGCAGACGGUGCUGUCACAAGCGGUGCAAAUGAAGGUGGCGAUGCUAGCUCCCCCUCGGCCUCCAAGAGCGCUGCUUCCAGCACCCGUCCCGGUGAACUCUCCCUGGGACCAUUUGUUUGCGGCGUAGUCGUUUUGAUCUCCACUCUUUUCGGUGGAGCUCUCGUCGGGUAA